UCAGCGACACACACCUGGACGCGGGCCGCGCAUGGCGACACGGCUAGCCCGAGCCCGACUCCGACUCGAUCCGUCACCCGUCCCGCACGCAUCCCCACGACCACGAGCCGCGGCGGGGCAUCUCAUCGGCGAACGGAAGGAAUAUUUCGCGGUCGGUCUCCACCGGAACCUAGGGUUUCGCCCCCCUGCGUCGUGCGCGCGCGCUCGCCCCUGAUGGGCCCGGCCGCGCAGCCACCGGACGCCGGCGGCGGCGGGGAACCGGAGGCGUGGUACGGCAGCAUCCAGUACCUCAUCAACAUCUCCGCCGUGGGGUCCGGCUUCUGCGUGCUGCUGUUUCUCCUCGUCAAGCUCCGCUUCGACCACCGCCGCAUCCCGGGGCCCUCCGCGCUCGCCGCCAAGCUCCUCGCCGUCUACCACGCAACCGCCCCGCAGAUCGCGCUCCACUGCGGCGCCGACGCCGCGCAGUUCCUCCUCUUCGAGCGCGCCUCCUUCCUCGUCCUCGCCGCCGUCGCUGCCGCGGCCGUCGCGGCGGCCCUCCCUCUCAACCUACUCGCCGGGAACGCCGCCAUCGUCGACCAGUUCGCCGCCACGACCAUCUCGCACAUCCCCAAGUCCUCCCCGCUCCUAUGGCUCCACCUCCUGCUCACCGCGGCCGUCGUCGCCAUCUCCCACCUCGGAAUCUCCCGCAUGGAGGACGCGCUCCGCAUCACCCGCUUCCGCGACGGCAACGGCAACCCCAGCGACCCCAACUCCAGCUCCGUCGCCGUCUUCACAAUAAUGAUCCAGGGCAUCCCCAAGACGCUAGCCGCAGACAAGACCCCGCUCAAGGACUACUUUGAGCACAAGUACCCUGGCAAGGUCUACCGUGUCAUCGUCCCCUUCGAUCUCUGCACGUUGGAGUAUCUCGUUGAGGAGUUGGGGAAGGUCCGGAAUAAGAUUUCUUGGCUGGAGGCAAGGUUAGGCACCCGUGACCUGUUUGAUGACUUUGUGCAUGAUGAAGCAGCUCAGACAGAUGAUCACUGGUUUGUGAAGAGAUGCAAGGAGCUGUGGGUGAUGACAGCGGAGAGGUUUGGGUUUACUGAUGAGGAGAGGUUAAGGAAGUUGCAGACUAAGAAACUUGUGCUUGGUAGCAGGUUGUCGGAUUAUAAGGAAGGGUGCGCGCCUGGUGCUCGCAUAGCUUUUGUGGUGUUUAAGGAUGUGUACACAGCAAACAAGGCUGUGAGGGAUUUCCGGAUGGAGAGGAAGAAGAGACCUACAGGCAGGUUCUUCCCAGUGAUGGAACUCCAGCUUGAGAGAAGCCGAUGGAAUGUGGAGAGGGCACCACCCGCAUCAGAUAUCUACUGGAAUCAUCUAGGUCUUAGCAAGACAUCUCUGGGGUUGAGGCGGAUUGCAGUUAACACCUGCCUUAUUUUAAUGCUCUUGUUCUUCAGUUCACCCUUGGCAAUCAUCAGUGGGAUGCAAAAUGCGGCGCGGAUCAUCAAUGUGGAGGCUAUGGAUCAUGCAAAAUCAUGGCUUGUCUGGCUUGAAGGCUCAAGCUGGUUCUGGACCAUAAUCUUUCAGUUUCUUCCCAAUGUCCUCAUUUUUGUGAGCAUGUAUAUUAUCAUCCCGUCAGUGUUGUCGUACUUUUCCAAGUUUGAGUGUCAUCUGACAGUGUCAGGGGAGCAGAGGGCUGCAUUGCUGAAGAUGGUUUGCUUCUUCCUUGUCAAUCUGAUUCUGUUGCGUGCCCUGGUGGAAUCGUCCCUUGAAAGUUGGAUACUUAGCGUGGGGCGAUGCUACUUGGAUAGUGCAGAUUGCAAGCAGAUUGAGCAUUACUUAAGCCCAUCAUUUUUGUCAAGAUCAUCACUUUCUUCCCUGGCGUUCUUAAUCACAUGUACUUUUCUUGGAAUAUCUUUUGAUCUGUUGGCACCUAUCCCUUGGAUAAAGCAUAUAAUGAAGAAAUUUAGAAAGAAUGAUAUGGUCCAAUUGGUGCCUGAAGAAAAUGAGGACUACCAAAUGAUGAGGAACGGUGAAGAAACUAAUAAUUUGACAGCACCUCUAAUGCCUGAGAGAGAAGACAGUGGCCUUCUGAAUGGUAUUGAGGGGCAUGAUCUUUCCUUGUACCCAAUAAACCGGAGUUUCCACAUGCCAAAGCAGAAAUUUGACUUUGCACAAUACUACGCUUUUGACCUUACAAUAUUUGCACUCACAAUGAUCUACUCUCUGUUUGCUCCACUCGUGGUUCCUGUGGGUGCAGCAUACUUUGGCUACCGUUACCUUGUGGACAAGUACAAUUUCUUGUUUGUGUACAGAGUUCGAGGAUUUCCUGCUGGCAAUGAUGGGAAGCUGAUGGACAGAGUGCUGUGCAUCAUGCAAUUCUGCGUUAUCUUCUUUCUUGCUGCAAUGCUCAUCUUCUUCGCUGUUCAGGGUGAUUCCAUGAAGCUACAGGCUAUAUGCACUCUUGGGAUGUUAGUGUUCUAUAAGCUGCUGCCCUCUAGAAGUGAUAGCUUCCAGCCAUCUUUGUUAGAAGGGAUGCAGACAGUGAAUAGCUUUGUAGAUGGUCCUACGGAUUAUGAAGUUUUUUCACAACCUGACCUUGAUUGGAAUCUGUACCAAUCCUGAAGAAAAACUCGAAGUCAAUACACACUUUUGUUUCAUUACAAUGACGUCUUUUAUCACUUGAGGCCCCUGGUGUACCACUCAAGCACUCAAUUCUGCAUGUACAGUUAUGUAGAUUAACUCUUCUUUGUCUUAUAGAUGUAUUUGUUUUGUCGGAAAUGACAAGCACACACAGUUGUGAUCA